AGUGCGAUAUGGGACGUGUAGCGAUGUGGACGGGCGGCGCAGUGCUUUUGCUGCUAAGUGGCUGCGUCGCGGUGACGCGCGACCAGUUCUACCCCCAUGGACAGGGUGUGGACCAGAGGCUUCCGCGUGGCGCUGAAGUCUCCUCCCCCGAGAUACCACUCAAAGUACCCAUUGUGUUCUUCGGGGAGACGUACGAGUCCAUUUACGUCAACAAUUACGGAGUGCUAUCAUUCAGGUCUGAUAUACCCACUUUCCUCAACGCAGAGUUCCCUCUGCCAUACCCCUCGAUAGCUGCCUUCUACACCAAUGUCGACACUUCAGAGUCAGGUGCGGUGUACUUCCGGGAAACAAACGAAUCUUACGUCCUACGAAAAGCAGAAGAGAGUAUACAAAACAACUUUCACGAAUACUACGAUUUCAAACCGAUCAGCGUUUUUAUAGCCAGCUGGGUUGAAGUGACGUAUUCUUACAAACAGCAACAGUGGUAUGACAAGAAAAAUACUUUCCAAGUUGCCGUAAUUAGCAACGGCACAGAGAGUUUUGUAGAGAUCUUAUAUCCGGAGAGAGAAAUUCAGUGGAUUCAGCGAGAGACGCCCCCAGGAGAGUUGCCUGAUGCGAAAGCCCAGGCUGGCUUUGUAGCUGAAGACGGUCGUCUUUUUACCCUAAGAGGUUCUGGAAGUCAUCAAAUUAGAAACAUAGUUUCUUGGUCGAAUACUCAUGAACCUGGAAAAUACGUAUUUCGGGUAGGAAACAUACCAAGGGAGGGCCUCAUAGCAGUACCCGAUCAGUACGAUCAAUAUGAAGUUGAAGUGGAGGAAGAAUCUAAAACUUGCGCACAAAGCGGCCCCAGCGUGUGUCACCUGCAAGCGAGAUGCGUCGACUACCAAGCUGGCAUCUGCUGUCAAUGCAACGAGGGCUUUUAUGGAAACGGAAAAACUUGUAUCAAAAACGACCUACCGAUAAGAGUGCACGGAAAACUUAAUGGAGUCAUUAACAACGAGAGCUUGAAUGAUGUCGACAUACAAGCAUAUGUUGUCGUCGCCGAUGGCAGAUCAUACACGGCUCUAUCUCAAGCACCGAGCAGUUUGGGUGGCAGCUUGCAACUUUUAAAUGUUCUAGGUGGAGUACCAGGAUGGCUUUUCGCGAAACCAUCUGGCUCUGCCAAAAAUGGAUACCAAUUGACAGGAGGAGUCUUCAAUCAUACAGCACAAAUAUAUUUCCCCGAAACCAAUGAUAGAAUAACUAUUACUCAAGAAUACAUUGGCCAAGAUGUAUUCGAUCAGAUUGCUUUGGAUACAGAUAUACGUGGGACCUUACCACGUAUUAGUCCCGGAUCCAGACUUGAAAUAUUAGAAUAUGAAGAGCAGUACACUAUAAUUGAACCUGGUCAAUUAAACAGCGCAUCAGAUCGUACAUUUUCUGAUAGAACUACAGGUCAAAAGUACGUACAGAGAGUAACACAAACUUUUGCAUACAACCCUUGUAAAUUUGCUCCGCCAUCAGAAGAUCCACCAAUGACAUUGAAAGUUUUUAAGAAUUAUCUAGGCUACGAACCCAGAGAGAACAUUAUAAGAUAUGGAACCAGUAACAAAAUUCGAGAUAUUGGACGGGAAGAUCCAUGUAUAGCAGGGAAUGAAGAGUGUUCUCCCCACAGCACAUGUGUCGCACAAGGGGAUACUUUUACAUGUGUCUGUCAAUCGGGUUACACUAGCAUCUACUACGGCAAAGUAAGCAUGUGUGUAGAUAUUGAUGAAUGUGAAGCUGGAACACACAAUUGUGAUACCAACGCUGAUUGCUAUAACCACGAUGGCACUUUUGAAUGUAAAUGUAAAAGCGGAUACGAAGGGAACGGCGUCAGUUGCAAUCAAGUGUCUCGGUGUAGAAACAAGGUUUGUGACCCAAACGCACAAUGUAUCGAUAAUCCUGCAGAAGAAGCUAUAUGUUUGUGUAAUCCUGGGUUUACUGGAGAUGGACAAAGAUGUUAUGAUAACGCGUGCAGCAAUUGUUCACCGUACGCUUAUUGUGGAUCAGCUGAUGGCUCCAAUAAUCUUCGGUGCCAAUGUAACCCUGGCUUCGUAGGUGACGGGUAUACUUGCAUAUACGUUUAUUCAACCACUGAAACCUUUAUCGAUACAACGACAGUGGCUGAUGUGACUGAACCUUAUGACAUAUUACCUUUACAAUCCACCACGCCAAUUCCAACUGAAAACGAAUAUAAUGAAGAUUAUGUUCUGCCAAAUUGCAAUGCUUAUGGGUGUCAAUGUCCUCCAGGAUAUUCCAGUUUUAAACAUAGAGACAAUGAUCUAUGCCGUAUCGACAAUUACAAUGGCGAUAACAAUGAGGAAAAGAAAGACAAUUCGAUUACGUGCGACAGUGAUACAGAUUGUCCACCAAAUGCGAUUUGUUCAUUCUCACCGGAAUCCUACUUAUCCAAUGAUCAGGGGCAAGGGCAGUGUGUUUGCCCCGAGGGCUAUGAAGGCGAUGCCUACGAGUGUAUCGAGCGCACUGGACCGAGUUGCGCCUGUGGCCCGAGCGCACAUUGCAUCGACACAGCCACCGGCGAAUUGUUAUGUGUGUGUGACUUCGGUUACCAAGGAGACGGUUACGUUUGCAGGCCGGUAACAUUCGGUUGUACGAACAAUUCCGAUUGCGAGAAUAACGCUGAAUGCCAACCCGAUCCCAACACGGGGGAUUACACGUGUAGAUGCAUCGAAGGAUACAUUAAAGAUCAGAGCGAUGCGUGUGUCCCUGACGCUCAGCUGUGCAGCGGCGCCAAAUGCGUGGAGCACGCGACCUGCUUGUACGACGAGACUAUUCAAGUGAGCUACUGCCAAUGCGACGAUGGCUACGAAGGUAUGGGCAUUGAGAAGUGUGAACCGCGACAGCUGACGUGCGAAGUCACCCACGAGUGCGGCGUCAACGCGGCAUGUGUCCUCAAGAACGAUUCUUACGCCUGCUCUUGUCUCGAGGGCUACAUCGGAGACGGUUACACGUGCACACCAGAUUGCAGGACCAACAUUAAUCUGUGUGAUAUCCACGCCACUUGUGUAAAGACGAUGGAUGCAUACGAAUGUCAAUGUAACAACGGGUACCACGGCAGUGGGGACUACUGCGAUCUCGUUUCGAGGGAAGCUGGCAACUUCCUCGUCACGAGCGAGGGAGCGUCAGUUUACCGCGUGCCAUUCACAGUGUCGCCGAGAGAUUUUGUUACCCCAUUGAAUAGUGCUGUUUACCAAAUUGCAGUUGCAAUAGAUGUCGACUGCCUUGCGGGAAAUGUUUAUUGGGGAGACGUUGGCGCUAAUUCCAUUAAACGGACGUCUUAUGAUGGUUCUGGAUUUGAAGAGUUCUUGUCGAAUGGCGUCCAGUCACCAGAGGGAUUAGCAGUUGAUUGGGAAGCCAGAAAUAUAUUUUGGACAGAUUCCAAAAAGUUAACAAUCGAAGUCAUCAAUAUUGAUACUAAAGUGAGAAAGGUGUUGUUCAACAGAGAUGGCAUAUUGAACCCUCGAGGUAUUGCGGUGCAUCCAGGAAUCGGAAAAAUUUUCUGGUCUGACUGGAAUCGGUUGGGGCCGAAGAUCGAAUGGGCGAACAUGGACGGCACCCAACGUGGGGUGUUCCUUAACCAGUUGGACGUCCAACUGCCCAACUCGUUGGCCAUCGAUUGGGCGAGGGACAGGCUCUGCUACAGCGACGCUGGACUUCACGCCAUCAAAUGCGUCGGCAUCCACUCGAUGGAACGAGUGACCAUCGCAGAGAAUUGUUCAUAUCCUUUCGGACUUGCUAUCAAUGGUGACACCUUCUAUUGGACAGAUUGGAAAACGCGAAAGAUCGAGUACAUCAAUCAAUCGACGCAAGUCAAAGGUCAGGUUCCUGUGGCGAUAGCGUCCAGGAGACUGUACGGUGUGGCGGUGGCGCCGGACCGUUGCCCUGACCAGCGGAACGUUUGCGAAAUCAGAAACGGCAACUGCGCGUCCGAUCAGAUAUGCUUACCGAACGGUCAGGGAAGCAGGACUUGUGUAUACGGCGAUUAAAAUUAAACCCUGAACUGAGAUGCGUGCCUCGAUAUAUCUCGAGACAAAUGUCAGUCAAUGGUUGCGCAAAAUAGCGUUCUCUCUUUCGUUUCUUUGGGACGAAGGAGAGAGCGAUAUUUCAACUCCGCCGUGAUUGCUCGACAAUAUGUUUAAUUUUCUUUACGAGGUAUGUCGUUGAUGGCUGACUUAUGCUAGGCCUACAGUAAUAUAAAAGCCUUGCUAAAGCCCACAAUCAUUUUCCCACAAAUUUCAUAGCAAUCUUAGUUUCUACGCUAGUAGAAGAAAGUUAAGUUAAUUUAAUGCAACUUGGUGAGGUUUUUUAAUUUUCUACGAUAACGUAACGAUGCUUUUAUAAUUUGCUAGUGCGAGUUUUGAAUUCACGUCUACCUCUCUCAGUCUAACACGAUACUGUAGAAUGAGAAAGAUAGAGGUGAAUUCGUAACUCGCACUUUCGAGUUAUACAAAACAUCGUUACAGAAUAGUCCUACUGGUAAACCUAGAUAUAAAUAUAAUUAGUUAUAAUAGGUGUACACAAUUUGUCUACUUUUGAUAGUUAAAUUACUGAUGGUUUAAAAGGGUUAACCUAUCUGUUUGUGUCAUUCAAAAUCCAUUGAGAACUGUAAUAAGUGAAAAUUAAAAAUUUAUUGGUCAAAAUCUUAAAAUGUACAUAACAAAAGUACAAAUUACCAAAAACCAGAUUUUCCAGAACACAAUAAUACUCAGUUUACAAUAAGAUCUUAGUUUUAAUUGAAAUACCAAAGCAAUAGUUAUUUAUUCAUUACUUUUAUAUUUAUUUUUAAGACCAUAAUUAAGUUUUGAAAAAAAAAACUAAAAAAAUUGUCUAUGAUUGUUAGAGGUGUUAUUAUUUCUUUAUAAUUUAAGGAAAUAUGCAUUUGUGAAACUGAACUUUAACAAUUUUGCAUAAAGCCAAUAAAUUCAAUAGGUCUAAAAAUGUAUUUAAUAUGUAAAUAUUUUUUUAAAUAAAUAUCUUUGUCCUUUUAUUUA